GGGAGACUCCGCGUCUGAAGUGCAUAUGAUUGCACCAGAACAGGCCACUGGACGCUGUGAAGACGAAAACGGGACUUGGCACUAUGUAGUGCCAGAGAGUACCAGGCAGUCGGCAGUGUCUUGCGGAAGCUGGUUAAGUCGGGACAUGCUUGUCAAGAGUGUGGCUUCUAUCAACGACGCAUGCGGCAUCAAUCCGGAUCUUCAAGUCCCCACAACGACUGGCAUUUUUCUUGACUUUCCAGAAGAUUUCUUUUCGCCUGAAGCGAGACGGACUAAUCAACAUGGCUUGGAAGUGCUUGAAGUGGUCGUAGGCGAGGGAGAGCCAGCGUCCUUGGGGGAUCACACGGCGGAAAAAAUAAAUCAAGGAGACAUGGAAUGUGCGGAGAAAUUUGACUCAUCAUGUAGCGCGGUAACAUCCAUGAGUAGUCCAGGAAGUACCAUAGCGCCAAGUCCGACAGAGAUUUUGUCUUCUUCGUCCGAGUCUCCAGCACCGUCACCAAAAAAUCCCGACUCAAACGACGCGGAUGUUGGUGGCAACGAUAUUGAAAUUACUAUCUCAGGCUUAACGUCGUCAAUUGGUAAUAUUAGUACUAGCUGUAGUUCCUCGUGCUCGUCCUCGAAUGUAGCGAGACCUCCACGAGAAGGACGCAUGCGAAGAGGCAGUCUUGACGUUGCUCCUCCUGGCGAUGUGAACGUAACCUUCGUAAACAACUUGCUUCUUAGCGAAGAAGACAGCGAUGCGUCGCAGAUCUACCGCUGGCAUGACUUGCUUGAGGUUGCUGAAAACUAUAACGGGACGAGUGGGACGCGGUGCUGGACGCGCGGUUUUUAUAACCAAAAUG